AUGCGCUACCGUCAACCAAAUUGCCACCUCAGCAGCAAAGACCAGCAGGCCAAGCUGCUGAUCGACUGCAAUGACAUUCUGAGCACACAGGAGCAGGAGGAAGUCAUUGCCUACUUUGCUCGCUCGCUGCGAGGCAAUACGCAGUGUUUGAAGGUUAUCGUUUGCCUCCAGGCGGUACUGGCGUUAGUGUACACGGUCCUAUUGCUGAGCGGCUCCUUACUGAUUGAUGUGUCUGUCGACGUGGCAACGACCUCGAGUCUCGUGCAGCUCGCCCAGCAACAACAGCGAGGCUCAUUGGAACCAGUGACAGCUGCAUUGACUUCAACAGCACCGCUUCAAGCUCCUCCCGCAGUGCUGGCAGCGCUGGACGCGGAGCAGCGUGCUGCACAACGCAAGUACGUGUAUGACUACAUGAACCGCCAUAGGGCCGCGGGGAUUCGCGUUCAAUCUGGUGGUGCGAUAACAGUCCUCUCCGCCAUGGUGAUGCUCUAUAGCAUUGCGCUGCUGCUGUGGGCAGCGUGGAGCUGCUACGUGGUGUGUCGCCGACUUAGAGUGAACAUCGAGAGCCUUACGCGAACGGAGCCGCGUGAUCUGCAUAGGCGGCGCCCCGAGGGGAGCCCCUCACAUGCGGCGGCGCCCGCGAAGCCGCGACUCACCCUCUGCCGCCUGCGCCAACGUGUCAAGGCGGACCCGGCGGUUGCCCUGUACGUCGCAGCAGCCCUUUCAAGUCUCGGUUCGCUUUUCUGGAUCACGAUACUGGUGCUCCGCCAGCGCGCCACUCAGAGUGCCUACGCCGAUCUCGGACUUCAGGUGCCGUCAGUGCUGUCGCUGCAGAAAAUCACCAACGCCGCGCUCGAGUACGUGGUGGCCGUGUGGCAGCCACUCUUCCACCUUGGCAUCGGGCUGCUGGUGCGCUCGAUGCUCGACACCCGCGAGAGCUUGGUGGCCCUGUCAGCGCUCAAGUACCGUUUCGAAAAGGCAUAA